UGAACAGUUGAUCGGAUUGGCUCAACUGUCAACAGUAAUGACACUCGGGAAUACAGUGAUCGAGGCGGGGGUUAUCGUUCUAAAUCAGCUCCGUGUUGACAAGAGAGCAAGGAUUGGAAUGCGUCGACUUGUGUGAGCCUUGAACGUUUGGUUUCUUCUUCUGAAUGUAUGUGGAUGUGCAUAUAUAGAUACAAGCAACUGGAAUUACUGUGCAUUUGCUGCUUAGUUUCUUGAUUCUCAAAAGUUCGUGAGGAUUAAGAUAGAAUGGAGGUUUACCAGGGUAGAUAUAUGGUUGAAGUCAUUGGGCUUUCACCAGAAACAAGUGAGGAAGAUGUUUACCGGUUUUUCUUCAACUGUGGCAACAUUAAAUACUUACAAGUGACAAGAGUGAGUGCUGAUAUUUCUAUUGCUUAUGUUGAGUUUGAGGAAGCAUAUUCUGUGAAAAUUGCCCUCUUUCUCAGUGGAUCUGAAAUUGCUGGGCAGACAGUAGCAGUAUCUAGUUGCGGAACAGUUUAUGUUGAUCCAUCUCCAUACCUCACUGAUCAUGAGGAGGCAGAGAAUGGAAGCAACAUAGCGGCUACCCACUCUGACAAAUUUAUUUCAACACCUGGAGAAGCAGUGACAGUAGUGCAAAAGGUUGUGCAAACCAUGAUCUCACAGGGAUAUGUUUUGAGUAAAGAUGCAUUGUCGAAAGCCAAAGCUUUUGAUGAAUCCCAUCAAGUUUCAUCAACUGCAGCUGCCAAGGUUUCAGAGUUCAGUAAAAGAAUCGGACUCACAGAUAAGAUCCAUUCGGGAGUGGAAGCUGUAAAAUCCGUGGAUGAGAGGUACCGUGUCACGGAGGUGACUAAAUCAGUUGCAACAUACACCGGUAAAACUGCUGCAGCUGCUGCAAGUGCUGUGGUUAACAGUAGUUAUUUUGCCCAAGGGGCGCUCUGGGUUUCUGAUGUUUUGGAUCGUGCGGCCAAGGCUGCUGCUGACUUAGGAACCAGAGGUGUCCAAAAGUGAGAGCCAUAGACAGCACUGUCUGUUGGACUGAAGUAUUUACUUCAAGGUAAAAACUUUAGUUGUUGAAAUUAGGCUGCCUUUUAAAAUAAAACAAAAUUGCUGCGGUCAUAUUUAAUCCAACUUGGAGCAACGUAGUUAGUGAUGCAGCAGUUGGACUACCAAAUUAAGUGUGCUCUCAUCCCAGCUGCUGCAUAGUUGAAAAAAUUUAUAGUCUCAUGAAUGUGAUAAUAACUGACAGCUGCUUAUUGUUGGCUUGUUAUAUGCUUGUGAUUGAUCAAUGGCAAAGUUAUAUUUAGAGUCAUGCCA